AAAAUAAAACCAAGAGUCCGAACCUCUUUAAAAAAUACAAUAAUUUGUGUCCUUUUUUAUAGAAAAAAUAAAAAGUAGAAUUAUCCGCUGAAUAAGACCUCCAGUGUUUUAUAGGGCUCCAAUCCGAAGCACUGAAAUCAGUUCGUUCCGUCCACUUUAGCCUUUCAUUUUCCACAACCCCUUCUCCCUUGGGCAAGAACGCAACUCAUACAACGUUAAAAAUAGAAAAGAGAACAUUUUGCAGCUGAUUGUCUUGAAUUGAUACCACAUGGGUAGGCAUUCUUGCUGUUACAAGCAGAAGCUGAGGAAAGGUCUUUGGUCUCCGGAAGAAGAUGAGAAGCUCAUAAAGCAUAUUACUACUUAUGGGCAUGGCUGCUGGAGCUCAGUUCCAAAGCUAGCUGGACUGCAGAGGUGUGGGAAGAGCUGCAGGUUGAGGUGGAUUAACUACCUGAGGCCUGAUUUGAAAAGAGGCACAUUUUCCCAGGAGGAGGAGAAUAUGAUAAUUGAACUCCAUGCAGUUCUAGGCAACAAGUGGUCUCAAAUUGCAUCGAGAUUGCCCGGGAGGACGGAUAACGAAAUCAAGAAUCUGUGGAAUUCAUCGAUCAAGAAGAAGCUGAGGCAGAAGGGGAUCGACCCAAACACACACAAACCAUUGUCUGAGGCCGAGAGCGAAGAAAAAGAAUCUCUCAACGCCGCGGCCAACAAUGACAUAUUGGCAGCGCUAUCCGAAGGGUCCAGCGAGCUAAACUAUGGCGCAGAAGCUGAUGAAAACAGCAGUAAGAGCAGUGCUCUUCAUGUGUUUUCAGGCACAGGAAUGAGUGCAGCAGAGAAGCCUCAUCAGCAGCUGCCGCCGUCGUCCUUGCAGGCAGCCAUGGACGGCCGCUACCAUCGGAUGAUGGACAGUAAUCGAAUGAGCUCACCCGCCACACAUCAUCAGUUCUUCCUCAACAACAAGACAUCAUCUGAUUUGUCGAGUUACCUCUCUUUAUUGAAUUACAGUGGUGCCAGCAGCAACCUGGGAUCAUCUCCACCCUUUCCUCUGCCACCGCACCAUCUUCAUCAUCACGGCGACGAUGACAGAAGCAGCGCCCUCUUCUUCAAGCCCUCAUCGGAUCACAUGGUUUCGAAGCAAAGCUCCAACAUCCCAAAUGGUGUUCACCCCAUGGAACUAAGCAGCAACUCAUCUUUCUUCGAACCCAAUGCGUUUUCUUGGGGGGUUGGCAGCGGUUCGAAUGGGAAACAGGAGAGGGACGGCGAUCUUGAUGAAAUCAGAUGGUCAGAAUAUGUCCCCUCACCAGUCUUGCUUGGCGGCGCUUCCGUUCCGAACCAUGCCCUCCCCGAUCAUCAUCAAGAAUUGUACAAUGAAGUGAAAUCGGAAGCACAAUUCACAGCAGCAGCAGCAGAGCAAGGGUCUCCUCCUUUGAGUACUACUGCUAGUGCGGCUACAACUGCUGCUUGGCUUCACAACCAAUCCAUGUAUAACAGCAGUAAGCAUUUUCAGAGACUUCAUCAUGCUGCAUUUGGCCAAUUUUCUUAAGUCAAUUCUAUUACAUAUAUCUGCAAAAUUAUCAAUAAUAAUCAUUAUCAUGUUUCCACUGCGCUGCAAUGAGUGUGCUACCAGUUUAUAUUCAUAAUCUGUAAAUAGGUCAUACAAAUGAGUCUGCAAUGUUCGAGAUACAUACUUACAUAGCAGCUGGGAUAUUCUUCACUCUCUUGUCAUGUCUUUGGUUCCUUUACAUUCAUAACAAGUUGCAAUUCUGUAUUUAAAGUAGAGUUUUGUGGCUUUCACGCUAUUAAUUGUUAACUAACCCACCCACCCCUGUUUCAAGGAUUUCUUAUCUGGGGUAAUUGUAUAAAUGCUAUCAUCAUUACCAGUAUUCAUUUAUUUUGGUAUUUCAAGAAUUGGUCAGUUUGCUACGCAUAUACGGAGUAUGGAAUUGUUUCAGUUUGGUACUAUUUGAAUUUUAGCAAAAAAGUUUUAUUUGGUAGCCUCAAUAGUUUAACAUGUUUGACUUCGUG